AUGAAGAAGAUGGGAUCUUUAAACACAGAGAAGAAAAAUCUUGAGAAGGCGCCGCUAAUUAAGAUACGAUUUGUAAUGUCUGGAAAGAAACUAGGUGUCGCCAACCAAGGAGGAGAUGGCGAUAUAGAUAAUGAAGGUAUAAAGAUAACGUCCGAGAUCAAGCCUGAUAAGCAAUUGAAUCAAUGUUCGAAUGAGGUCACGCAUAUUCCACCGACGGAGAAGUUAGUUGGCGGUUCUUCCCGGCCGAAACGAGCCGCGUCCACUAAAGUUAUAUGCCGCGACUAUGCUGAUGUAAUUGGUGGUAAUACGAGAGUAAAAAUUAAUAAUAAGGAAAACAAAUCUAUUGAAACUAAAAGGGAUAAAAUUUAUGUUUCUCUAUCCCGAAGUGAAAUUGAGGAGGAUUUCUUUACUAUGACUGGUCAACGUCCUCCUCUUAGGCCAACAAAACGACCCAAGAAGGUGCAAGACAAUUUAGAUGAUGUUUUUCCGGGAUUAGAAUUAACCAAAAUAACGGCUAGCAAGUACAAAGUUUCCAGAAAGAAUGGAUAA